AUGUUAAUGGCACUUAUGUUGGGAGCAGCGGCAGCGUGCAUCGUGGUGUUGGUUCCAUUGGGAAUGGCUGGAUGGCAUUUGAGUCGAAACAGCGUGCUCCUUUUCAGCGGCGCCAUUUUAAUUACUCUGUCUGUUUGCGUCCAUUUCACUCCCUAUUUUUCCUCCGUUUCCGAUUACGUUACCUCCGUUUCAUCCGUUGCCGUCUUCCAUCGCCCUAAAUCUUCUUGCAUGAAUCUGAUCCACCGGAUUCAUUGGGAGGUCAAGCCCAACGCCUCUCUUCUAAGUUUUAAUGCCACCCAAAACCUCUCUUCCUCUUUCGAUUUUUAUGAAAAACACUGGGAUUGGUCCAAAACCCAAAGGAUCAAGGCUUGCCGCAUCCACAAGUUGUCUAAACCCGAAGCUUCCCAUUUGAUAAACGGCUCCUGGGUGUUGAUCGCAGGUGAUUCGCAAGCUCGAUUGUUCACCCUCUCUCUAUUGAAUUUGAUUCUGGGUUCCCGACCCCAACGCAUGGAUUCUGUUAAAACUGCUUUGUUUAAUAGGCACAGUAAUUACAGCAUUUCAGUUGACGAAAUCGGUAUGAAAUUGGAUUUCGUUUGGGCACCUUAUGUAUUGAAUUUAACCCAUUUGUUGACGGAUUUCAAGACUAAAAUGAAAUACCCUGAUGUCAUGGUAAUGGGGGCUGGUCUAUGGCAUAUGCUUCAUGUAAGCAACCCAUCAGAUUACGAACUUGUUUUGCAAACGUUAAAAAGUUCCUUGGUUUCUUUGUUUCCAUUUUCAACCGAGUUAGGCAUUAAGUCACCACCCCAUUUGUUUUGGCUCGGGUUUCCGAUGCUCAUCAAUGGGAUGUUGAAUACACACGAGAAGAGGGUACAUAUGAUUGAUGCAAUGUGGCAUGCCUAUGAUAGAGCCCUCGGCGAGAGUAGGCUAUUGCGCCAAACUGGUGGUCCUAUGAUCUUGUUAGACAUCCAGUCUUUGACUUGGAAUUGUGGGGCGCAUUGUACCUAUGAUGGCAUGCAUUAUGACACAGCUAUCUAUGAAGCUGCUGUUCAAAUCAUGCUUAAUUCAUUGCUUAUUAAAUCUCGUCACAGGCAUUUAAGCCGCCAGCAGUUUUUGUUUUCCUAAAUUGUAUCGACCCGCUGACCGAUCAAGUAUUCUCAUUCCUCAUUUUCCCGCGCAGCGUUGCACAGCAUCAUGCUCACAAUUUGGUACCGUCUUUUUGAAACGCUCAUAGGUCUUUCAUGUC